UUCAAAAGAUCAGCGGAUGGGUAAUUGUUGGUUGUUGCAGACUCGAAGCUGCAGUGACUGUGCAGCAUUCAUUGACACGCGAAGCCGUCUUUUUCGUGGUGAUAUUUGUUGCUAAAUCGGAGAUUUUCACAGCAUUCGAGAAGACACCUAUUGAAAUAAAAUAUUCGUUAUUCGAGGAUGGCGGACGACGGCAUUGCCCGCAGCUUUCAGCGUAUAAUUUUUUGGGAGGAGUUUGUAACCGAAAAGCUCAACAUGGAGUCAGCAGAUUGUCCCGAAGUCAAGGAAGAAGUUGAAGAAGAGCAGUGUUGUAUUGACAUGAGUUCUCCAUGGAUCUCGUGCGGGGCAGUGGCAGCUGGUGAACCGCUAACGGACCCACUGUCUCCCGAAGGAGGCCAGGCGGGCAGCAGUGUGGGAGGCCUGGCAGAGAUUUCCUCAGGAGCAUUAGCUGCCGUGCAACAGUUGGCAGACAAUUUAAUUCCCCACAAGCACCAGGCAAAUAAAGAUGCAGGCGGAGAAGGAAGGAGUACCUUAAAAGUCAAAGAAACUAAAUUGGAUGGAACUCCUGAAGUGCGGCUUAGAGUCGAGUGCGGCUUAGAUUAG